AUGGCUACAUACUAUACUUGCACAACAAAAACAGAAGUGCACUUCUGGGGAAGGGGCGUCGUGGACUGCGGCGGCAUCGACCUGAAGGAGUUCCCGCUGCUGCUGCCCGAGCUGACCAACCACCUCUCCCUGCAGAAUAACCAGAUAGAAGAAAUCUUUCCAGAAGAGCUUGCUCGUCUUUACAGAUUGGAAACUCUCAAUUUGCAAAACAACAGGCUAACUUCAAAAGGGUUGCCAGAGGAAGCAUUUGAGCAUCUGGAGAACCUGAAUUACCUGUACCUGGCAAACAAUAAGCUAACAGUGGCUCCAAAGUUCCUACCUAAUACCUUGAUCAGUGCAGAUUUUGCAGCCAAUUAUCUCACCAAGAUAUAUGGGCUCACAUUUGGACAGAAACCAAACUUGAGAUCUGUGUACCUUCACAACAACAAACUUUCAGAUGCUGGGUUACCUGAUAAUAUGUUCAAUGGCUCUGAUAAUGUGGAGAUACUCAUCAUGUCCAGCAAUUUCUUGAAGUAUGUUCCAAAGAACCUCCCUCCAGCACUGUAUAAAUUACACCUAAAGAACAACAAGCUAGAGAAGAUUCCCAAAGGAGCCUUCAGUGAACUUACAGGUCUGCGGGAGCUGUAUUUACAGAAUAACUACUUGACUAAUGAAGGAAUGGACAAUGAAACUUUCUGGAAAUUGUCUAGUCUUGAAUAUCUGGAUUUGUCCAGCAAUAACCUCUCACAAAUCCCAAGUGGUUUACCUCGUAACAUUGUCCUCCUCCACCUGGAGAAGAAUGCAAUUAAGGUGAUUGGCAGAGAUGUCUUGACCCAAAUUAAGAACCUGGAGUACCUUCUGCUCCACAACAACAAAUUAAAAGCCCGAGGUAUUCACCCUUUAGCCUUCCAUGGCUUAAAGAAGCUGCACACUGUCCACCUGUACAACAACAUGCUGGAAAGGAUUCCCAGUGGGCUGCCCCGGCGUGUGAAAACUCUCAUGAUCCUUCAUAACCAGAUAUCGGAGAUUAACAGGAAUGACUUUGCUACCACUUACUUCCUUGAGGAGCUGAACCUGAGCUACAAUAAGAUCAAAAGUCCCCAGAUCCAUCGGGAGGCCUUCCGUAAACUGAGGCAACUGAAGUCCUUGGAUCUGUCUGGAAACAAUCUCCACACGAUGCCCUUUGGCUUUCCGAAGAACUUGCAGGUUCUGAAGCUGAAGGAGAAUGAGAUAAGCAUCAUCCCCAAAGGGACUUUGUCUGGGAUGACAAAAUUGCGGGAACUGUACUUGAGCAACAAUAAAUUGAAAAUAAAUUCCAUUUAUUCAAGAGCAUGGAGAGAACUUAGCAGCCUCCAGUCACUAGACAUGGCUGGCAACCAGCUGACUGCUAUCCCAUCAGGCCUCCCAGAAUCUCUAGAGUAUCUGUAUCUUCAGAACAACAAGAUCACAACAAUUUCAGAGGAUGCUUUUGAAUCCACACCCAAAAUAAAGGGCAUUUACCUCAGGUUUAAUAAGAUUGCAGUUGGAGCACUGAAGGAAAGUACCUUCCAAAACCUAAAGCACUUGCAGGUUCUGGAUAUUGAAGGGAACCUUGAAUUCAGCAGCAAUUCGAAGAAUAAGGAUGACUCAGAAGAGGAAGUGGAAGAUGAAGAGGAGGAAGAAGAACUGAGAUAAAUGUGAACUUGCACAGGCACAUCAUAUGGGAGGAUAGUGUAUGGAAAACUACAUAUAUGUCUAUGUGUAUAUAUCCAUAUAGAUAUACAGAGAGCACAUAGCAAAAUGUGCAACGAAUUAUGCAGAAGCUGUGGUGGCACUGGGCCAGGCUCAUGGAAGACAGUGUGUUACAGUGCCUUAUUCAGGGAGAGACCCUGAAUGCCUUUCCAAAGCUUCCAAAUCAUCUUAUACAAGACCCAGGAUCAUAAGGGAUUGCUCUGGAACUCACAAAAGCUGGCUUUUGUUUCUUCUGUUUCUCUUCCUUCACUGUUUCCAUCUGUAAUAACAAUAUGGGACUGUUUUGAACACAUGCCUUCGAAUGCUGUUUUUGUCACUGCAUUUUAAGUGAACCAUGUAUAUGCUGCUUUUCUUUUCCUCCACCCCAAAGAAGCUGUUGUUGAUCAGGCAAGAUGGAUAUUUGCAGUAGUUUCAUGUGUGGAGCAGUAUGUGAGGCAUUUUGGUGGUCAAGCAGCAGUAAUAAUUCUGGAUGCAACUAUUCCUCUGUUAAAACAAUGUGUAUAUUUGGAUGAGAAAAACAAAGUAAGGCUGGAUCCCAUAAUAUUUUAUCUAUACUGCCAAAGCUUGCAGUAUAUGCCUGUUUCAGAAAGAUUUUAAGAUAAAACAAUUGCUCUUGUUGAAUAUAUAUAUAUAAAAUUGUGUAUGUCUGGCUUCCA